ACUGAACAUGAAUCUCUUCAAAAAAAACUAGAGUUUUAUGUUACUUUUUUAACUCUAGGGAGCUUAUUGCAAAUUGCUACAAAUUGUUUCCAGGAAACAUUCUGACAGGGAGGGCAGCUCUUUUCAUGUCUGAGAGAUUUUGAAGGUGUUUAAGAUUUUGAUGUCUUUUGUUGAUAUUUACGUUGAUAAGAAAAAGUUUUUGAAUGAGUGAAUGUUAUUGAGUCAACCCUUUGCAUGUGCUUGAAAUUCUCGGAGGAUGAAAGAUGGUUACCAUCUGAAACUUCUGUAAGGAUCUUUCGUACUCAAGAAUUGUCGGUUUGAAUCUUGUUCUUCUUUUGAGUGAUGGGUCAAAGGAGUCAGGUGCUACUGCUGCUUGCGUUCAUCAAAUUUUUAGUCAUAGCAGCACAGACAGACCCAAAUGAUGCUGCUGCUCUAAUGGCUCUCGGGAGUAGCUGGGAAAACAAACCAUCCAAUUGGGUGGGCUCUGAUCCUUGUGGCGGUUGGGUAGGAAUUGAGUGCAUCAAUUCACGUGUAACCUCCAUAAUAUUGACAAGCAUGAAUUUGAUGGGUCAGCUAUCGGGAGAUAUCGGGUCAUUAUCUGAGUUACAGACUCUGGAUCUAUCUUCCAACAAGUUCAUGACAGGACCGCUACCACAAGCAAUUGGGAAUUUGAAGAAGCUAUCAAUCUUAUGCCUGACUGGUUGUGGAUUCUCUGGUCCUAUUCCAAAUGAAAUCGGAUCUCUGCAGCAGCUACUCUAUCUAGCUCUGAAUUCUAAUAAUUUCUCUGGACAAAUUCCAAGUUCAAUAGGUAAUCUGUCCAAUCUAGAUUAUUUGGACCUUACUGAGAACGAGCUUAGUGGAUCCAUCCCAGUCUCUAGUGGGAAUAAAUCUGGUCUUGAUAUGCUACUUCAAACAAAGCACUUUCAUCUUGGAAAGAACCAGCUAUCGGGCACAAUUCCACCUCAACUUUUCAGCUCAAAUAUGAAACUCAUACAUGUGCUUUUUGAUAAUAAUAAUUUAUCUGGUAUCAUCCCUUCCACCCUUGGACUUGUGCAGACCUUGGAGGUGGUACGCCUGGAUAGAAAUUCACUAAGUGGGUUGGUGCCUCCAAAUAUCACUAAUCUUGCACAUGUUCACGAGCUGGCCCUGUCCAACAACAACCUUACUGGCCCUAUGCCCAACCUUACUAGCAUGAACCUCCUCAACUAUGUGGAUAUGAGCAAUAACAGUUUUGAUAGUUCUGGUGUUCCUCCUUGGAUUUCUUCCUUACAGUCUUUGACAACAUUAAUGAUGGAACGAACACAACUUGAAGGACCAAUUCCUGCUAACCUGUUCAGCCCUCCCAAUAUAGAGAUAGUGGAUCUGAGCAACAACAAUCUCAAUGGCACCCUGAAUAUUAGUACCACGUAUAGCCACGAAUUGCAACGCAUCAUUUUGCGGAACAAUUUUAUUGCUAAAUUUGAACCAAUAACUGGAGGAAACAACAUCACGAUAUCACUUGAGGGUAACCCAGUUUGUGAGGUGACAGGUCAAGUGACAGAGAGUUACUGCAAUAAUUCCCCAUCAAGUUUGCCAAAUUCGAUGCCACCCAACUGCUUGCAACUUUCCUGCAGUUCGGAUCAGGUUGCCAGCCCCAACUGCAAAUGUGGCUAUCCAUACAAGGGCACUCUAUUCUUCAGAGCUCUUUCCACCUUAGACUUGCUAAACACAAGUUACUUUGUAGCUCUAGAGGAUUUGCUCAUGAAAACUUUCGAGUCCUCUAAACAACCUGUGGAUUCAGUUUCCCUUAGUAAUCCCACCAUAGACUCAUUUGGCUACCUUUUAUUGAGCAUGGACGUUUUCCCAUCAGGAGAAGGCCGUUUCAAUGAAACGGGAAUUACUAUGAUUGGAUAUGUGCUUAACAACAUGAGUUUCAACCCACCACGUCUGUUUGGACCCUAUUUUCUUAUUGCUUACUAUACAGGAUCAAACAAAGGGAAAAGCAGAGGCAUUAUAAUUGGAGCAGCAGUUGGUGGUUCUCUCCUCCUGUUAUUACUAGUCCUUGCAGGAUUAUAUGCUUUCCACCAAAAGAAAAGAGCAGAAAGAGCUACUGAACAGAAUAAUCCCUUUGCAAAUUGGGAUGUGAAUAUGGGAAGUGGUGGUGUUCCCCAAUUAAAAGGACCCAGACGGUUCUCUUUUGAAGAGAUUAGGAAAUACACCAACAAUUUUUUGGAAGCGAAUGGCAUUGGAUCUGGAGGUUAUGGGAAGGUCUAUCAGGGGACUCUUUCCACUGGGAAACGAAUUGCCAUUAAACGAGCUCAAAGAGAUUCUAUGCAAGGUGGGCAUGAAUUCAAAACUGAGAUUGAACUUCUAUCAAGAGUCCAUCACAAGAAUCUUGUCAUCCUUGAGGGUUUCUGUUUUGAGCAAGCUGAACAAAUGUUGGUAUAUGAGUAUAUUCCAAAUGGUACUGUGAUGGAUAGUCUUUCAGGGAAGUCAGGAAUAAGGUUGGAUUGGAUGGGAAGGCUUAGAGUAGCCCUUGGUGCAGCCAGGGGUUUGGUCUAUCUACAUGAACAUGCGGAUCCUCCCAUUAUACAUAGAGACAUCAAAUCAAAUAACAUCCUACUGGAUGAAAGUUUAAAUGCAAAAGUUGCUGAUUUUGGACUCUCCAAGCCUAUGUCUGACAGCCAAAGGAGUUAUGUCUCCACUCAAGUCAAAGGAACAUUGGGCUACAUGGAUCCUGAAUAUUACAUGACCCAACAGUUGACUGAGAAGAGUGAUGUCUAUAGUUUUGGAGUGCUACUGUUGGAGCUAAUAACUGCAAGAAGGCCAAUAGAGCGAGGGAAGCAUAUCGUGAAAGAGGUAAGGAAUGCAAUGGAUAAGACAAAAGAGUUAUACAAUCUUCAUGAAAUUCUUGACCCAGCCAUUGGUUUGGGAACAACUCUAAAAGGUUUAGAAAAGUUUGUGGACCUGGCAAUGAGGUGUGUUGAAGAAUCAGGGGCCAAAAGGCCUACAAUGGGUGAGGUGGUAAAAGAAAUUGAAAACAUUAUGCAACCUUUUGGGUUGAACCCCAUUGUUGAAUCUGCAUCAACUUCGGAAACUUAUGAUGUAGCCGGCAAAGGCCAUUACGACCACCCUUACAUCGAUGAUGGCUUUAAUUACAGUGGUUCCUUCCCUCCUUCAAUGAUAGAUCCUAAGUGAAUAUCAUUUCACAAUUUAGAAUGCUCAACUUGGUAGGAAUUUUUUUUUUUUUUUUUGGUUUCUUCGUAUAUGUUAGAGAAACCAGUUCAUCUAUCUUAUACAUGAAACAUGGAUACUCAUGUUAAAUAACCAUUUAUUGUUAGAAUAUUUCAAUAAUAAAUCUGUUCUUUC